AUGCGUUUUCGAACUUUGGAGAUCAGAUGGCACGACAGCAAGCCUAUAUCUACCUGCGACUUCCAGCCUCUUCCUUUCAAAAAGGCGCGUCCGGCAGCGGGCCAGGAUAAAAAUUAUGCGUCUCAGAGCUACAGGCUGGCGACGGGAGGGGAAGACAACCAUGUCAGAAUAUGGAUGGUUCAUCCACACAUCAGACCGCCGACGCUGUUGGCGGAUGCGGAUCCUACGACAGCCAAUGCUUCGCGGCCACCGCGAGUAGAAUACCUGGCGACCCUCAGCCGCCACUCCGCAGCAGUCAAUGUGGUUCGCUUUUCGCCAAAUGGGGAGCUUGUCGCGUCUGCUGGGGAUGAUGGCAUGAUCAUCAUAUGGGCGCCCUCUGCAAGCCCCCAGGCGGCUACUUAUGGAAGUGAUCUCAGCGCCGAAGAUUUGCAGUAUGAGAAAGAAUACUGGAAACCCAGAACAACCUUUAGAUGUACUACAAUGCAAGUAUAUGACUUGGCAUGGAGUCCAACUGGGGAGUACAUUAUUGCGGGUAGCACCGACAACACAGCGAGAGUUUUCGCCGCCGCAGACGGAAAAUGUGUAUACGAGAUCGCCGAGCACCUGCACUAUGUGCAGGGCGUUGCCUGGGACCCUUUGAACGAGUACAUUGCCACCCAAAGCAGCGAUCGCUCUAUGCACAUCUACAACAUCACGACCAAACCCGGAGGUGCAUUUGAAGUGCACGCUGUGGGCAAAAACACACGCAUGCCGCACAGACACAGCCAUAGCCAUUCUCGCACACCUAGUGCCCAUGGCGGACGGCCCCGGAUGUUCCGACGGGCUUCCACUGCCAGUGACCUGGAGUCCUCCUCAGCUAUCGCCCUGGACAACAAUGACGACGCUCAAAGUAUUACAUCAGGCCAUGGAAGGGAGGGAGGAGGGGCACCGUUGACGCCUGCGAUGUCUGUCACGAGUACACCUGCAUUCAUGUUCCCGCCGCCACCCAUCGAGGGUUCUUCCAGAAGAUCCUCAUUUAGCUCCAAUGCCCCCGGCUCACCGUCCACUUUCAGCAACAAUAACAACAACAGUCGAUAUGGACGCUCUCCAUCGCCGAUGCCACCCCUCCCAGCUAUUAGGAAUUUACCUUCGUCUUCGAAUGCGCCGACGGCGGCGCUGUGGGCGAGCGUUAAGCUUUACGGAGAUGAAAGCUACACAAACUUUUUCAGACGGUUGACGUUUAGCCCAGAUGGCGGCCUGCUGUUGACGCCGGCGGGACAGUUCGAAGAUCCGUCGGUGACACCUGCUUCGGUGGCAACGAAGGCGGGGGAAGACACCACGCCUACAAGGGGAAGGAAAGGGCAUCCGUCGGAAGCUGGAGCGUCGACGCAAUUGGGGUCGUCUUCGUCUGUGUAUAUUUACUCUCGCGCGAAUUUUGCGAGACCGCCGAUUGCACAGCUGCCAGGGCACAAGAAGGCGAGCGUCGCAGUGCGCUUCUCGCCCAUUCUCUAUGACCUGCGAUCGGGCGUGUCCCUUCCAGGUACAUCUAGCUCGACAGCUGAAGAGAAUGAUAAAAAGGCGGAAGGAAAGGGUAAAGACAACUUGCCGGUUGGUGUGCUUGAGAAGGGUGUGGAUGGCGUUAUGGAUGUCGACGUGUUGGGCCCGUUGAAGCCAUCGGAGAACCCACCCAUGCCGACGCCUUCUACCAGUGCGUUGAUGACGCCCCAGCGAACACCGGCACCCGGCAACAUUGUGACCCCAACACCCCGGCCUGCGAUCUCGACGUCAGGUAUCAACAUCGUGGCUUCGUCGCCCGCGCUUUCGCCUAUGGAUUUGAGGCCGCCGACACCUGCUGAAUCGAAGCCUUCGACUCCUGCCCCUUCACAAACCAAUAAUAAUAAUAAUGCUAACAGUGGAGGAGGAACAGUGAUGCAGACAGGUUCUGUCUUUGCUCUGCCUUACCGCAUGCUGUUUGCAGUCGUGACGAUGGACACUGUCGCCAUCUAUGAUACACAACAAGCAUCACCUCUCUGCUUGCUCACAAAGUUGCACUAUGACGAAUUCACAGAUAUGACUUGGUCACCAGAUGGUCAAUGCCUCAUUCUCUCCUCGCGCGAUGGCUACUGUACCCUAAUCAUAUUCGACGACAUUCUGCCCGCCUACCACACCCAACAGCAUACCCUUCAACUACAGUCGAUUGCGCACCACCACUCAGUGCCCAUCUCUUAUGGCCCAAACAACCACCCUCCCUCAGUGUCGGCUUCAUCAGCUCAAGUUACACCCGCGGCUACACCAUCAUCUGCCAGCAUCGGCUUGCCUGGCCCAUCUCAAACCUCGAACCCAAAGAAGAGGUCCGACCCACCGUUGACACCUGCUGCGAGUGUGGAUGGCUCUGAGGCUUAUUUCUCGACAGCGCAGACAUCCUCCUCUGAGCAGAAACUUCAGCAACCAAAGGCUGGCUCGUCCACUGGAGAGGCACCGGCAUCUGCUGUAGAUGCUGGGAAAUCUCAGGAGCCGCCGAAGAAGAAGAGGAGAGUCGCGUUGACGCGAGUAGGUGAUUUAGAUUCAUAA